UGCAACGACACAUUCGGUGUGCGGUAAAAUUAAGCGGUUGUGAACGACUUUGAAUAGAAUGCAGCAUGAGCCAUGUGUGUGGCAGGACUUCUAUAAGAAGGAAAAGUCAACAAUUUUCAACAAGAAACAAAAACAACAGAUAAAAAGUGUUGCUUUGCAAAAAGAUUCAGUGCUCUUCCCAGAUAUUCAACCCACUACAGUAAGGCAAAUGAGGAGAAAAAAAUGAAACGACUGAAGACCCGCAAGGAGAGGAGUCAAAUAAGAGGUGGCUGGAAAGAGACUUCAAAGAUCAAGUCAAAUCACCAUCAUCAUCGCCACCGUCAUUGCCAAAGCAACAUAGACAUGGCACAUUUGCAUAACUGCUGUCGUUCUAGUUGCCAUUGUUCUUCAAGGAGAAAUCCACCAUUUCCAAGUGUUGUGCGCUCUGUGCAGGAGCCCAGUAUCAUCACAGACGGCCGCCUGACAGGACACCAUGGCCUGUUUAACCAUGAGGUGAAGUCUAUUGAUUUUGAACGCUUGUUAAGUGAACAGCCAAAACUGGAGGAACAAAGAAAAGAAAAGAACACUGUAAUUUCACAUUCAUCUUCAGCAUCGCACAAUUCUGCUUCACUGUCUACUGAUGGUUUGUUGGGAGCUGAUACAGAUGUUGGGAGCUGUGUGCCAUUCAAAAAAAAUACAGACCCUGCUUCAAAAGCCCACACUGACUGCCAAGAGAAGGAAAAGAAAAACAUCCAGUUUGAGUCAAAGCAGUCAGAUGUCACAACAGAGGAGAAACCACAACAACAACUCGCUCUUUCAUGUGGAAGUUUUCAAAGCAGCCACUGGUCUAAACACAGCUUCCUCGAUGUACUAACAACAGAAACCAAGUGGGCAUGUGUCAUGUCUGAAAACAGCAGAGAAUCACUGCUGACUCCAGUUGUUGACAGAGACGAUAUUAAGACUUUCAACACAAAUGUAAAGAAACGUGUGAUUUCUACUCUUGUGCAAACCCCAAAGAACCAGGAGCCCCCUGUUCAGCAGAUACAGACUCAUGGUCUCACCACAAGCCCACUUAAACUCUCCAGUUCAGCCGCUACUAACAGCUGUGAGAUACAGGACAGAACACAAGAUCCAGAGUAUGUAACGAAGUUUGUCAGUGCAGUAGCAGCACGUUUGUUUCAACGUUUGAAGCUUCCGUUGAUCAGUAGGAGAAACCUGCUGUCAGAGAGCAGGGAGGUUCUGUUAAACUCUCUGAGGGAAACACAUGGACCGUGGCUUCAAGAGAACCUCCUUAGACUUCAGCAACAUCGUAGCUUUGCUGUGCAUCCCACAAAGAAAGACCAAGAUCAUGAUCAAGAGCCAAGCAGGAAAAAUGAAGAGAAUCUCUUUGCCGCAGAUAUCUCUUUUAAUAUGCCAGCAAAUAGACAUUCCAGCUGGAAGACCAGUCUGCAGCCACACUGCAGUCAAAAACAGGUUACUGAGUGGCUGGCGAGCCCUGCGGAUAUGGCCGACAGUGUUUUGGAUGAUAUCCUCAGACCAAGUCUCUCUCCUCCAUUGUUCAUGAACCUUCAGACCUGUGAAGCUCCAGAAAGCAUUUUGUUUGCUCCUUCUACCACUUUAUGCCAGAGAGAAGUGGCUUCUGUACCUGAGAACUGGCAAGAUGGUUUAAACUGGUCAAAGAGCAAAAAUUCAGCUAUGUUUGGUUCUUUUGAAAAUAGCUUCAUGGACCAAUCCAGCUUAUUUGGAAAUCAGAGCCUACAGUACUCUGACAGCAACUCCCAGCCCUCUUUUCCUUACCAAUCACAGCUGCCAGAUACAUACGCAGGAGAGCCAAUGCACAUUGCCCAGCAGGAAGACCCAUUUGGAACUGACAUGUACUCUUGUGUUCCCUCUUUUGCUGCCCCAGUUCACCAUCAGAGCAGCCAUUUCCAACCUUCAAGCCAGUUCAGUCACGCUUCAGCUUGUUCUCUGAAGUCCCAGCACACUGAUAUUAUGCACUACCCUCCAUCAUUCAUUCUUGAGAGAGACCCUGCACCUUCCCUUUCUGCUUUCCUGAGCCCUGAGCAGUGGUCCUUCCCUCCUAUGAGACUGUACUAAUGUGUGGUAAAGCUCUCCAUAGAAGCAUGGCUAUCAAUAUUUCUAUGACUGAUUCAAGUACAAUUCUCCCUUAAUUUAUGCACUUCAAGGUUUUUGUUUAGUCAGUGAUAAACAUGUUAUGUUCCCAUAUGAAUAUAACCAUAGCAUUAAGCAUAGAUGCAAUAGCUAUCCUCUGAAGAGUAACCUGUCUUUUUCUAUUGUCCUGUUUUUGCUGAGUUAAGUAGCCUUUGAUUAUGCAUCAUUUCAACCUUUU